UACACACAUGCACACACAUGAACUUGUAAACUGAUAGUCAAAUCAGGCAACAUUUCCCACACUAGUUGUACGCUCAAGCUCUGUCAGAUUGGUGAGAAGUGAAGGAUGGUUGAAGUUAGCAAAACAGAGGUUGUUGGGACUCUAUCAGGUCUUUCAACGAUCCAAGUGGAACCAGUUGGACGUUGGUUUGAAGCGUACUGCUUGAGGCGUUUACGAAAGCAGACAUUGUCUGCCAAUUCGGUUCAUUCUUCCAGCUCCGAGGAUACGGAAUCUGACGUCAGUGAAGAUGAGGAGGAUGUUGCAUUCCUUCAGUCGCUGGAUCCAACAGAUUGGAAACACCAAGAUCAUUAUCAAGUGCUCGGAUUGAAGAAUCUCCGUUACAAAGCCACAGACGACCAGAUCAAAAGAGCUUAUAAAAAGAAAGUCUUGAAACAUCAUCCUGACAAGAGGCGUGCUCAUGGCCUGCAGGUGAAGGAUGGAGAUGACGACUACUUCUCGUGUAUCACUAAAGCCAUUGAUAUCCUUGGCAACAAGGUGAAACGGAGAUCAUAUGAUAGCGUCGACCCAGAGUUUGACAAUGCGGUGCCCAGUGGCUCUGGUGUCGCCAAGGAUAACUUCCUCACAACUUUCAAGCCAGCUUUUGAAAGAAAUGCAAGAUGGUCCACGAAAAGGAAUGUGCCCGGUUUAGGAAACAUGAACAGUACAUUUGAUGAAGUUAAUCAUUUCUAUUCAUAUUGGUACGACUUUGAUUCCUGGCGAGAGUAUUCCUACCUCGACGAAGAGGAAAAAGAAAAAGGAGAAAACCGAGAAGAAAGAAAAUGGAUAGAAAGACAAAACAAAACUGCGAGAGGGAAAUUAAAAAAGGAAGAAGUUCAGCGGUUACGAACUUUAGUAGACAAUGCUUAUAACUGUGAUCCAAGAAUACAAAAGUUUAAAGAUGACGAGAAGGAGAAGAAGUUAGCUCAUAAACGUGCUCGCCAGGAAGCGGCGAGGGCAAAAGUGGAGGAGGAGGAGAGGAAAAAAAGAGAAGUUGAAGAAGAGGAAAGAAAGAAGAAGGAAAAAGAGGAAGAGGAACUUAAGGCUCAGCGAGAAAAGGAGAAAAAAGAAAAAGACGCCCAGAAGAAAGCAAUCAAAAAAGAGCGGAAGACAUUUCGUUCUAAAAUGAAAGAAUUCGACUACUUUUGUGCUGAUGAUACUGAAAGAGUGGCCAACAUGCAGGACGUCGAGAAACUGGCUGAACUGUUGUCCGUCGUAAGCCUAAGAGAAAUGAAUGAGGGUCUUACUAGUGGAGACGAAGAUAAAGCAAAGGAGGCAUUCUCCUCUAAGCUCAAAGAGUUAAACGACCAAAUCGAGAAAGAGAAACAACAGCAGCUGGAGAUGUCCAAGAAGUCGGCGUCUGGUGGUGGAUCAGGGGGCGGAGGGAAACAAUGGAGUGAGGACGAGAUGCAGACGCUUAUCAAGGCUGUCAAUGUAUUCCCUGCCGGAACAAACCAGAGAUGGGAAGUUGUGGCCAACUUCAUUAACCAGCAUUGCGGGUCGAACUUUGGACCAAAAGAUACAUUAUCGAAGGCCAAGGCACUUCAAAAGAUGGAUCCCACAAUGAAGCAGGCGGCCAACCAGAAGGCAUUUGAGCAUUUCAAUAAGGAGUCAAAACGUCCUGACAAAGCCGAAGGGCUUCCGAAAGAGGAAGCUGAUAUUAGUGCAAGAUACGACAGUGUCGCCGUACAGCAGAUAGCGGAGACUGGUGGCAAUCCGGCCCCUUGGACCGCUGAUGAGCAGAAACUUCUCGAGCAAGCCCUGAAGACCUACCCGGCGAGUACCAAGGACAGAUGGGAUGUUAUUUCUGUUGCAAUCCCUGGCAGAUCAAAGAAGGAUUGUAUGAAAAGAUACAAGGAGCUUGUGGAAUUAGUUCGGGCAAAGAAACUCGCACAGGCCGCUGCAGCCGCUAAGACCAAGAAAUAGCAAUGGAUGGAUCAGAUCAUCAUACAUUUACUUUCGAAUCAGUUGGGACCUUUUGUUAAAGUGGACUGAGAGAUUCAUAAAAGCAUUUAGACAAUGCACCUGUGAAAAAGAGGUUUGAGUCUAUAAUGCAUCCAGAUCUACCUGCGGUACUGCAUUAUUUCAUCUCAAUUUCUAACUUCUACCCUUGGCUAAAAUACCGCCAUACUUUGCUUCAUGAUUCCAUUUUUUUGGGGACCUCUGUACGUUUGAACAAGUAAAAUACACUGCCCAUGUUAUAUUCAUAUGUGUAAGGCAUAUAAACACCGCAGAAGUUAUGCUGUCAGUGAGGUUUAUUAUCAAGUUGAAACUGAUCCAUUCUGAACCUCAGGGCAACACUUGACUUAGCACUAAUGACCGUUAUGCGAGGGGAGGAGCAUACAAUUGACUCUGGAUGAAACUGAUCAGAGUACAAUCUAAUGGUCAUGAAUGAAAUAAGUAGUAUAUUUGCCACAUUUCCUGAAGAUAUCAUGACAUUUGUGUGUAAGAUGAGAGAGCUGUUGUAUUAAAUGUGUGAGUAUCCACCAGCUGGCGGCCAUCUUUGAUUAAAGUAGGGAGGGAAUGGGAGUUACUGGAUGUGUUGUACAUUCAUAUUGAGUAAUGUAUCAAUGUAUACACUGCAUCAUACGCUGACCCCCACAUCUAUAGCAGUGUAACAUAUCUCAUUGAACUUUGUCCUUGUUUCGGCUGAUGUGUUUUCAAACUGGACAAAAGCUGUAUAGGAUGUUCAUUAAAAGGUGAUAUAUUAUAUCCCUCUGUUAACUGCUGUUCUUGUGAAAAAUAUUUUGUGGAUUAAUCAGUAAUGCGUCUGCAAAGAUCGAGAUGAAUACCUCAGACGAUUGGGGGUG